UCUUCCAAGACAGGCUGGCGCCAUCCGAUAAGCUGUGAAUUCCAGCCCCUUCCUCGCCCCCCCAAACCUGUACAUCACACAGGUUAGAGUGUGAGACCGCGCCUCGCCACAGGGGCGGUGUUGACUACAGUGGAGACCCAGCCCAAGUUUCUCUAUGACUAUAUUUAGCAACCUUUGCCAAAAGGAGCACAAUCUGUGAUUGACUGCUUUGAAGUCAUGUACAUUAGGCAUGCAACAUCAGCAAGAGCAGAGAGAUAGAUACCAAAUGUGGUACCUUUUCAAGGUGAUGUCUUUCAUCCUAAUUCUUGGAACUGCUCAUGCUGCCUUUAGAAAUCGAAGAUCUGUGAACCCUGAAGCAAAUAUGAAUAUUAGCCAAAUUAUUUCCUACUGGGGCUACCCAGAUGAAGAGUAUGAUAUUACGACUGAAGAUGGUUAUAUCCUUGGCCUUUACAGAAUUCCUUAUGGGAAGACAAAAAAUAAUAACAAUUCAGCUCAGAGGCUUGUUGUAUACUUGCAGCAUGGUUUGCUCACAUCUGCCAGCAGCUGGAUUUCCAAUCUUCCUAACAACAGCCUAGGCUUCCUUCUGGCAGAUGCUGGUUAUGAUGUGUGGAUGGGGAACAGCAGAGGGACUACCUGGUCCAGGAAACACUUGUACCUAAAAACAAAUUCCAAAGAAUUCUGGGCUUUCAGUUUUGAUGAGAUGGCUAAAUAUGACCUUCCAGCCUCCAUUGAUUUCAUUGUGAAGCAAACCCAACAGGAGGAAAUAUUUUAUGUAGGCCAUUCACAAGGCACUACCAUUGCUUUCAUAACAUUUUCCACAAUACCAAAGAUAGCUGAAAGAAUCAAAAUAUUUUUUGCCUUAGCACCAGUUUUUUCCAUUAAAUACUCAAAAAGUCCUUUAAUUAAAAUGGCAUACAACUGGAAGUCAGUGAUCAAGUUUUUUUCUGGCAGCAAAGAAUUCUUAGCUCAUACCUCCUUUAAAAGAUUUGUUGGUUCAAAGCUGUGUCCACUGAAGAUUUUUGGUAAGAUUUGCCAUGAUAUCUUGCUUAUGAUAUCUGGAUUUGACCUGAAGAACUUAAAUAUGAGUCGUGUGGAUGUGUAUAUGUCACAAAACCCAGCAGGAACAUCUGUUCAAAAUAUGCUCCACUGGAGUCAGCUUUUUAAUUCUAGUCACUUGAAAGCUUUUGACUGGGGCAGUCCUGUUCUGAACUUGGUUCAUUUUAAUCAGACAACUUCUCCAUUGUACAAUGUGAGAAACAUGAACGUGCCAACUGCAACUUGGAAUGGUGAGAGUGACUUGUUGGCUGAUCCUGAAGAUGUUAAAAUUUUACUUUCUGAAAUCACAAACCAUAUUUACCAUAAAACUAUUUCUUACUAUAAUCACAUAGACUUUUUGUUUGGAUUAGAUGUAUACCAUCAAGUUUAUCGUGAAAUCAUUGAUCUUAUCCAAGGCACUCCAUAAAGAACCAUGGUAUUCUGUGUGGAAGGACCCAUAUACUUUGUUAAAAUCUA